AUGUCUCAUUUUUAUUUAAAAUUUUUAUUUCCCUUAAUUUUAUUAAAUUUAUCCCUAUUACUCAUAAAAAGCGACUUGUGUAAAUUUCCUAAAGCAAAGGGGAACCAAACUGUUGAUGAGACUAUACCCCUAAAUAAAGAUAAAGAUUUUGGGUUUAUUCGUCUGAUAGCUUCUCCAAAGUUGGGAAGCUGUACAAUUGACUUUAGUAAGAAAAUGUCGCCUAUAUUAUUGUUAUCUAAUGGGGUGACUGUUAGUAAUUUAAUUAUUGGAACUGAAUCUUCUUCGGGCAUUUGGUGUAGUGGAAGCUGUACUUUGAAGAAUGUUUAUUUUGAACGUGUCUGUACCCACGCCGCAGCUUUUAAUGCAACAACAGACUUUACAAAAACUGAUAGACGUUCAUUUACUUAUACAGUUGAGGGAGGUGCUGGACUCCAUGCUUUAGAUAAAAUGUUUGUACAGUCUGGCCCCGGCAAAACAAUAAUUAAUAAUUUUUGUGGGGAUGGAUUUCAAAAAGUUUGGCGGUCGUGUGGCACGUGUAAUGAUGAAGUGAGUCAAAAUUCUAAACAAAGAACUGUUACUAUAACAAAUUCGAAUUUUACUGGCAAAGGACAUGUAAUUGCAUCCGGGAAUGCCCCUUAUAAUGACAAAGUUUCCUUCAAUAAUGUCAAAAUAUUUGGUUAUAAAAAUCGUUCAACAAGAGUUGUCUAUGCCUGUGGAGAAGUUAAACCAGAAGUAAGUGAAGAUCAUUUAGAUACAGGAGCUUCAAAUUGGUAUAUACCUGGGCGUGCUGGUACUGGAACUGUUUGUAAUUAUCCAGCUUCGGCAGUCAAAAUUGUUAAUUAACUGAAAGCUUUAUAUUUAGAAUAUAGUAAUGUUAUUUAUUGUGAAUAGUUUUAUAAUUAAACAUUUGAUAAAUUUAAAAAGCUUUGUGUCUAGAGAUCGGCCCGGGUGUGGACCAAGGCCUGGGUUUUUCCUGUACCUAGUCCAGGCCCGGGCAUUUUUUGACCUUCCUGGGGUUUUCCUGGGCUUGGGUUUUUCCUGAACUACAGACCCAGUGUCCGGUCCAGGUCAAUAAAUCAAACCCAAAGCCCAAGGACAGGCCCAGCCUUUUCAAAAAUACCGAUCUCUACUUGUGACUUUACGCUGGUUGAAGUUUCACAUAAAUUGUGAAUAUACGAUAUUACUAACAGGAACUUUAAAUUUAUCUAAUAUUAUAUUUUUUUCUAUUUUUCUUACUUCAGUUUUUUACUUCCUAUUUGUUUUACGGAUUUCUUUCCUGAGUG